GCCAUUUUAAAUACUAUCUUGAAAAUUUUCCUUACGUAUGUACUUUAUACCAGGAGUUGGUAGCCUUUCUAUUCGUUUCGAUUUGUUUGACUAUAGUUUGACUGUGUAGUAGUAGGAAUAACAUAAAUGAAACCCCUACAGAGGGGAUCUAUCGUCGAAAUUGUGUAUGUCGAUUCUCUUGUCUAAUCCUGAUUUUAUAAAGAGUUUUCAUUCAUCAAGUAAAUUUAUAGAACGAGUAUUAUUGAACAUGAUAUUUGUGAACAUUAAAAAGAAGCAAGUUGUACCUUAGAUUUGUAUUACACUGUAAUUCUUAAAUAAUAUCGAUUAGUAACAAAAAAAUAAUUCCAAUCUCUGAUUAAUAAUGUUAUUUGUUUUAUUAUUAACACUAAAUACACUACGGUAAUAGCUAGUCAAAUGAAUGCUUAAAAUUAUAAUUUUAUCAUAAUAAUUUGUUUUUGAUUAUUAAACUAUAAUAUCUGGCUUUUCUAUUGUUACUUCAAAUUACGCAGUGAUUACUUCUUACUUUCAAUUAAAACUUACUUAAUUAUGAAUUUCAAUUUUGAAUAAACUGUAAUAUUAAAAAAUAUAAAAGUAAAAUACUUGUUUUACUAGUUAAUUAGUUUUACACAUAUCCACGAUUUGGAUUUACAAUAUGUCUGGAACACCUAUUAUUAAUCAAAUUCAUCAUUAUCAAAGGAGCAUUGAAAAAUAUUCCGACAAUGAAAAAAGAAUUUUACAUUGUAUAGAAAAGCUCUAUAUGCUACCAGUUACUGUGCAACAUCUUCAAGAAACAGGUGUUGGCAGAACCGUAAAUGGAUUACGAAAGUAUGAAGGUACAGUUGGUGAUGCAGCCAAAGCAUUAGUUGCCAAAUGGAAGACGAUGGUUGUUGAUGAAGAAAGCAGUGAUGGUGAUGAAGGAGAAUCUUGUGUACCUGACAUUUCUGAAGGAUAUAGUGAUAAUUCCGACUCUAGUAUUGAUAAAGAUGUUCAGACUCAAAGUACAAGAUGUAAACUCGAUGAUAUUCAAGACCGUGUAAGUAAAAAAUCAAAGGAACAUGAAUCAAAACAUAGUUCUUCACGUCCUAAACAGCCCUCCUUAGAUAAUCCAAAACAAAAAGAUUCCAACACAAGGAGCCAUCAUGAAAAUAAUUUGGAUCGAAAUGAAAAAGUUGUCGAUCAAAGUUUAAGUUUAAAAACAAGUUAUAAAAAUUCGGAUUCAAAUCACGAAUCUAAACGAAAGAGAAAAUCAAGCGAUUCAGGAGAAUCAAAAAAUACCAAACAUAAUUCUAAAAAAUUGAACAAUGACACAUCUAAUCACAAUAAUAAUUCAGUUAGUUCUAAAAAAAAGUAUUCCAAUGAAUUAUCUCAUUAUAAAGUUGAUGCGUUUGUUGAAAAUAAUGGUGAUGCUCAAAAAUCACGGAAACGUAGAUCGUUUUCUUCCGAUAAAAAUAUAGAUAAAAGCCGAAAUUCUAAUAUCAAUGAAUCAGAAGAUGAAUCAAUAUCGAACGUUGAUCUAACAAGUAAAAGAAAGAAUAAAGAAAAAUACGAUAGUAAUAUUAAAAUUAAAACGGAAAAAUUAGAAAACUUAACUAGUAAGCAUAAAAGUAAAUCGCAUAAUGAAAAAACUCAUGAACAAAGAAAAGAAGAAAUACAUAAUACCUCAACAACAUUGAAUAAUUCAAAUGAUACGACUUCUCACCGGAAAGAUAAGAGUGAAAGUAAAUCUAAGAGAGUUUAUAAAGAUAGUAGUGAAAGAAAAAAAUCGGAAUCUGAGAGUAAAAGUAAAGGACAUAAAAAAAGUAAAGAUCAAAAGAAAAUCAAUGGCGAUGGUGGCAUUGAUUGUAAUUCUGGUACAAGCUUUGCUGAAGCUUUAGGAAUGUGUGCGGGUCCUGUGUCUUUGCGAAAGAAAAAUUCAACAGUUCCUUCUAAGUCAGAGAAUGCUGUAUCGCUUAGUAGUAAACCUAAAGUAAAAACUGAGUUUUCAUCCGUGAAAACUGAAUUUCCAGCUGUAAAAAUUGAACCUCCAUCUCUAAAGACCGAUGAACCACCCUCUCUUUUGGCUCCAAAUGUCAAACUGGAGCCAUUAAAAGUAGAUCUUGAUUCAACACUUCCUGAAAUAAAUCCAAAUUACAAACCACUUCCAGUGAUUCCCGCUAUUCAUCGAAAAUUUGAAGAACGAAAAGCUCUUGAUGAAGCCAUUUAUGCAAAAAACAUUAGGACUAAAGUAUACUCGGGUAAUAAAUCAGGUUAUACGAGCGUUCCAAGUCUGUAUGAAUUAUGCAUCAGAGUAUUAAUAGAAAAUAUUGAAGCACUCGAAUUUACUGGAGGUGUUCCAUAUUAUAUAAUAAAACCUGUAUUGGAACGAGCAACGGCUGAUCAACUUUUCAUGAUUGAACAUUAUAAUCCUUACCUGAUAGAAGAUACUGAUGAAUUGUGGAAAUUUCAUUGUAAUCGAGAAUUUAGGAGUAAAGUGCGAGAAGAGAUGGAAUCAUGGAGAGAAAUGUAUAUGCGUUGUUUGGACGAGCGUGAAGCUAAAUUAAAAACACUUACUGCAAACAUUAAACAGUCAAUAGAUAAAUCACUUCCAGUGAGAUCUACAAUAAUGGCUUAUGUCGAUGAUGUUGCUAAACCACCGAGGAAUAUUUUGAGAAAACAAGCGAAAUAUGGAACUGCUAAUACCUCCUCUUCAUCCGACAUAAAGAAAAAGAUAAUAGCUAGUAGCUUAGGGGCAACUAAAGUUUCAGUUCCGGCUCCAAUUUCUAGAAGUUCUGGAAUUGUAAAAAAACAUAAAGCUCCACUGAUGGCAAAAGCGCUUCAACUAAUAAAAGGGCGCUACAAACGGUAGUAUUAGAAAAUUUAUUUUAAUUGAUCGAUUAACAUACUCUUUGUGAUUUUAUAUAUAGAUAUAUAAUUGUAAUUAUCUAUAAAAUUCAUCAUUAAAUUUAUGUUUUUUCAAUAAACCAUUAGGGUAAAUACUCUA